GUCGCAACAGUGCACAGACGCAUCGCCGCGUUCCGUAACCGGUGUACACCGUGUCUGCUCUCCGAAACCGUUUAUCGUGUGCGUUCUCAUUAAUUAAUAUCUGAUAUAAUUUUGUAUAUUAUCUCCCUGUAUUAAUAUAUAGGUAACACGAAAGACACUGUAUCAUGUUUUUGUAACAGUUUCUGGGGAAAAAAAGUAAUACUUUUUCUUCUGUGUAAUUACGAUAAUAAUACUUGGAGUUAAAUAUUAUAUUAUACGCCUAUAGUAUACGUGUGACGUUCCAUAAUCGCCAAUAUUCUUUACGACGAAAUUUCGUGAAGACAUUUUACUAAUUAGUGAGUGCUUUUUGGUUUUACCUACUUUGCUUUAACCCGAGUUUUCCCGCCUUUUACCGGACAAGGUUCGACAUUAUUCGUUCAAAAUUGGCCGCAUCAAGCAGAAUCCGGUUCGUGUAGCCACUGGCGAAACGGCUGCGCACGACUUGUUAAGUACCGGCUUGCCAAUUGACUGUAUGAAAAUGGCAAUGGAUGCCACAGAUAGCGCAAGACUUGGAUUAAACUUGAAUUUGAGCGUGCAGCCUCAAUCAUAUCAUUGGAUUCAAUCACCUAAAGGUACUGAUGAUGAGGAUGAGGAUGACCGUAGAAGAGAGGAUGACGAUUGUUCACCGGAAGAAGAACCGGAUAUCCUGGAAAUGCAGAGAGAAGAACGUGAAACUCUUAAUCAGUUGGCUCGUCGUUUGGCAAAUGGGCCACACGGACUGAUGGGAGGUCAUACCGCGUCUAUGAUACAACAUUUGGUUUAUCGCCAUCCUAAUGGGAUGCCUUUAUCCGAUCAGAUCGUCAUGCCAAUUCCCUCUAGACGACCGGCCAAUAUAGAAUCACCACCAGGAUCUAGUCGUUCAGGUGACACACCUCUUGGUCAUGAAUAUACACCCGAAAACGAGUCAUCUCUGUUGGCCAGAAAGGGUGAGGCACAAUCGUGGACUUUUGAAGAACAGUUUAGACAGCUAUAUACGGCGGGCAACGAAACGGACAGACGCAGUUUCCUGGAUUCGCUGUUCAGUUACAUGCAGGAACAAGGGACUCCAAUCAGCCGACUUCCCAUCAUGGCUAAACGUGUGUUGGAUUUGUACACACUGUACAAGCUGGUCGAUCAAAGAGGUGGAAUCGUGGCGGUUAUCACUAAAAAACUGUGGCAAGAGAUAAUCCGAGGCUUGGGCCUACCGCCGUCCAUCACUAGCGCGGCUUUCACAUUAAGAACACAAUAUGUCAAGUAUCUGUACGCGUACGAGUCGAAAAUGAAUCAGUUCAGCACGGUUGACGAAUUGAACAUGGCCAUAGCGGGAAACCGGCGUGAGGGCCGCCGGAACAAGUCGCUUCUGUCUGAGUACUUGCCGGCACUUCCGGCGACGACAGCCGCCGGCCAGCUUCAUCACCACGGCCAACUGUCAUCGGCGGCGCACGGACAGCACCAUAAUCACCAGCAACAACAGCACCAUCACCAGCAGCAGCAGCACCAUCACCAGCAGCAGCAGCAGCAGCAUUACGCCAACGUGCUGGCCGCAGACGAUCGGUUCCGCCACUUGGCAGCCGCCAUCAUAGACAACAACAGACACCGCGCCGCCGCGGAACAGGGCAGACAGCAGCCGUCGUCGUCUUCGUCGUCGCCACGGCCAGGCAGUCCGAUGCAAAGACUGGCCCAACUUCAGCCACCACCGCCGACAGCUGCUGCCGAAUCUUCACCAAUAUUCAACAGUCACCAGCUCCAACUGCCGCCUUAUCAAUCAGCCACGAUGAUGGCCGCUGCAGCACAUCAGGUGGCAGCCGGCGACCAUACUAGCAAACAGAGAGAAAUUCUCAGUAUGUUAAUGUGGAUGGAUUUAAUGCGAGCUAAUCAAACAGCUAUUCCAAGACUUUCAAUACAAAACUUGCAGCAGUCGCCGUACGCUUCCGCACCCGCCGCGAUGAAUCUACAACGCCAGUCUCCGGUAGCAUUGCACCCAAACAACGGACCACCGGCUGUACCGGAACAGUGUGAGGCGUUGAAUUUAGGUAAGAAGGAUCAAGGAACCAACAACAACAACGCUGGCGAAAACGAGGACGAACCGGAUCAAAAACGAGUCAAGACGGAACGGUCGCCUCGGGGUGCCGUGGUUAGCCGUCCUGUCAGCCCCAAGAUGAGCCCUGAACGAUUUCCGGCGCCAACCGGAAGUAGCCCGGUACGGGAGUCCGCUGCUACAUCCCCUGAACGGAAUGGCGACGACUUAUGCCGUGACAGCAACGGCACCAUCGAAAUGGACAUCAACGUAUCUGCCGGUAUGCCUAGCGGUCUCAAAAUAAACGUUUGUAAAAGAACAAAAAAUGGGAUUUACAAAGGUCAACUCGUCAAGGUUGAAUCAGAAGUAAAUGGAGGAACGAAAAACUCUAAACCCUUUAUUUUGCGUCUCAAUGGCGAACUCUACACAGGAUGCCUCCAACAACAAAGCAGUGUUGUUAAUCAUGACGAACAUCAUUCUAAUUAAAAUAUUAGACGUAGAUAAGCACAACAAAA